ACGAAGACCCCUAUCAUCACCACAACUGGUCCACAGAGUCUCGCAUUGUAUCGGCCAUUGAGUGGACAAUGAAAUGAUGUGCCAAUGGUUUCGGUCGCACACAAUAUGUUGUAUUCAUUAGUCCUAUUGUUUUGAUUGUUUAUUGUAAUCGUAUGGACGCUAUGAUUGUCUACUCAUCACCUCAUCUGAUCCGGUUAUCAUCGGUUGUGUUGUUGUCGUCUGUGUGUCUGUUGUGGCCGUCGAUGGUGUGGACGGAACGGUUGGAUGAAUACGUUGAACACUACGAGCCGCUCGACUACCCGCCCGUCGACACCAGUCAUUUGCAUCGCCUUCACUCCGCGAGUCGUGCCAAACGCUCAACUGAUCCCAAGUCUCCAUACCAUACGGCCGAU